AUGGAGAAUAACAAAAUUAUAGAUGCACAACCUAAAUUUCAAGGAACUGAUGGAACCAAUAGAUAUAUGUAUAAUCAGUUAUGGAAGUUAUGUGCUGGAUCUUUGUUUGAUCUUCCAAUAAUUGGAGAAGAAGUUUAUUAUUUUCCUCAAGGGCACAUAGAGCAGCUUGUAGCAUCAGAAAAUGACAACCUGUGCCAAUUAAAACCAAUUUUUGAUAUUUCUUCAAAAAUUCGUUGUAAUGUUAUUAGCAUCAAGCUUAAGGUGGAUACCAAUACAGAUGAAGUUUAUGCAAAAGUUUCGUUGUCGCCAUUUUCACCUGAAUUUGAAGUCUCUAUUCCUAAUGGCAACAACGAACAAAACAUUAACUAUUUUACCAAGGUGUUAACUGCUUCGGAUGCCAGCACACAUGGUGGUUUUUCUUUAUUUAAAAAAGAUGCCAUUGAAUGUCUUCCUCUAUUGGAUAUGUCACAGCAAGCACCGAGUCAGUGGAUAGUUGCUAAAGAUCUCCAUGAUCAUGUUUGGAAAUUUAAACACACUUUUAGAGGUACACCACAAAGACAUCUUUUCACAUCUGGUUGGAAACAGUUUGUAAGAAAAAAAAGUUUGGCCGUUGGAGACUCUGUUGUAUUCCUUAGAGGGGAGAAUGGGGAAUCACAAAUCGGAAUCAGAAAAGCAGCGCCUCAACAAAGCAACAUAUCAUCAUCAGUAAUUUCAAAAGAGAGUAUGCAUUAUGGUUUAGUUGCUACUGCAUCGAGUGCUAUUAACACCAAAUGUAUGUUCGACGUGUUUUAUAGGCCAAAGUCGAGCAAAUUCAUGGUCAACUGCAAAAAAGUUAUAGAUGCAGUGAACAUGAAGUUCAAUACAGGUUCAAGGUUUACUAUGAAGUUUGAAGGACAUGAUUUUAAUGAAAUAAUAUAUUCUGGGACAAUAGUAAAAGUGGAAGAUUUCUCCAUUUAUUGGAAGGAUUCAGAAUGGCGAAACCUACAAGUUCAGUGGGAUGAAGCUGCAACAUUUCCAAGACCUAAUAAGGUCUCUCCAUGGGAAAUCGAGCCUUUAAUUCGAAAAAACAAACGCCAACGCGAAAUUAACGAAAUUGGUCUUGCUAUGUCCAAACCAGAUUACAAUGACCAAAUGGUCCAGUCAACAAAAGAAAAUUCAACCACCAAUGCAUCUAGUAGCUUCAGAUUGUUUGGAGUUGAUCUAACGGCUUCUACCAAAGCAAGAGAUGUUUUGGAACCACUUGAAUCAUACCAAAAGAGUAAAAUUUCUGAAAUCUUUGAUGAAGAAAAGCUUGAUCAAAUUCAAGCAGUGACAUCACUAACAGAAAUCCAAACGGAGAAAAUAAGGUUUACUACAAGUAGUACCAAGGUUCACAUGGAAGGUGUUGUUAGAACUGUUGAUUUAACUGAUUUUGAUGGAUACAAUCACAUGAUCCUUGAACUAGAAAAACUCUUUAAUAUCGAAGGCAAGUUGCAUAUGCACAGUCAAUGGAAACUAACCUUUAAAGUUCAUGAAGGAGAUAUGAUGCUUGUUGGAGACGAUUCAUGGCUGAAAUUUUGCAACACCGUGAAGGAAAUAUUCAUAUGUUCAAAAUAAGAUGCCAUAAACUGAAAUUUGAGAAUCAAUUCUCUAAAGGUGACUCAGCAUUUACAAAAAUAAUUUCACCGUCCGAUGUCGAGACAGUCAAAAAGUGGUUUUGUUACUUUUAAUGCGUUUUUAUAUAAUACUAGGGUUUGAUCUCUGUUCACCCAGAAAUUAUACUUUUAUUUAACAUUUGUGUUUAACUUGAAGAGUUUGGUUUUAUAUUAUGUGUGAUAUUUAUUAUUGUGAUUGCUCUUAUUUA